AUGAUUGGUAGAUUUUCAUGCGUUUCUGCUUCAUGCACAAAGCAAGUGGAAUUUAUUUGCAACUGCACAACUCCUGAAACAUUGAUGUGCGGAUAUCAUAGAAAAAAUCAUCUCAAAUCUUUAAAAUCGCAUGAAAUAAAAAAUUUUUCAUUAGAGGAACAUAUUAUUAAGACUUUCAGAAUGGAGAAGUCACUCAUGAUAGAAAUGAAAAAUAUUCUGACUGUGGAUUUUGAGCAGUCUCCUCAAGAGUCACUAAGAUUAAAACUAUUAGAAAUAUACGAGAGCAUCAACAUGAUCGAAAAACUUAUCGAAGAUUAUAAUAAAGGAAAGCUUUAUUUAAAUAUUGAUGCACCAGAAGUAGAAGCUAUUCACAAAGUACUUAAUAAGAAUAUAGACUAUCUAGCAGAUUUUAUUUUGAAAGAAAAAAAUAGCCAAAUUGAUGAAUUUUUAAAAAAACUGGACUUCUUAAAUGACAUUAAUGAACACUACCAGCUUCAAGCUGAAUUUCUCCAAAUUUCUUAUUUUGACAAGUGUGAUAGCUAUAUAUUUGCUUUGGCGAAGGAAAACACUUAUAUUAACUCAUCUCGAAAAAAUUAUAUCCAAAAAUGUAAAAAUAUUCAGUCCUUAUUGGACAAAUCAGUUUUAAAAAUUUACAAUCAAAACUAUAAAAGUCAUAUUAUAGAUUUUAACUAUCUUUGCAAUUAUGAUGAAAACCUCAAAGGAACAGAGAUAUACAUGUAUGAUAUUGAGAAAGGUACAAGAACUUCAACAAUCACAAUAAAAUCAUAUCAUCCCCCGCAUCGUUUGCUGGAUAAUAUAACAAAUAUAUUAAAAGUUUCAAACUCGCAUUUACUUAUAAUAGGAAAUUGAAACAAUGAAGGCAAAGUUUAUUUAAUGGACAUAAAAACUCAAGCAGUAAGACUACAGUUUAAUAUCUGAAACUGUAUGAAAAUCUCUGACUUUAUUUUUUACGAAAACUAUUUAUAUGUAUUUAAGAUAAUCAGCUGCGUAAGGUUUGAUAUAAAUAGCAAUUUAUUCUAUGAAAUACCGUUUCCACAGCUGUAUGGCAGAGUUUUUGCUGUUCUUUUCAGAAAUUACAUUUUAGUAAGCAACAGUAACAAUUCAAAAUUUUAUCUUUACGACCUUAUAAUUGAAACAUAUUCAGAAAUUUCAUUUUUUCAAGAUAUAGAAAGUCAGAAAUUUCUUUUUACAGAUAAUUUAAAGGCUUAUUUGUGAAUUCAGCAUGGAAAAAUAUAUGAAAGCGAAGGAAAUAACCCAUUUAAAUGGAAUGCAAUCGGUAGCAUUGAUUUUGGAAUUAGAAAAACACCUGAUGACAUUGCUUAUAGCAAUUAUAUGGAAAAUCUUUAUAUUAGUUUUAUUGUAAGGCCAAAAAUGUAUUGCUACAGGUUUAACAAAGAUUCCAAAAAUAUGGAGCUUAUUUAUAAUGAAGAAGUUAAUAAUUAA